AUGCAACAGCAGCAGCAUCACCAGCAGCAGCAGCAACAACAGCAGCAACGACAACAACAGCAGCAGCAGCAACAACAACAGCAGCAACAACAACAACAGCAGCAGCAGCAACAACAACAGCAGCAGCAACAACAUCAGCAUGCAGCAGCAGCAGCAACAACAACAGCAGCAACAGCAGCAGCAGCAGCAGCAGCAAUAUUGUCUUGCCUUGCAAGCAAGGAAGGCGAGCUAGAGGCCUUUUCUGCAGCAGCAGCAGCAGCAGCAGCAGCAGCAGCAGCUGCACUCGCAGGCUCCCCUCGCCCCAGGUCAGCAGGAGUUGGAGACCCCUCAGGGGGCUCCUGCGGAGGAGCCUGGAGGCCCUCUGGAGAAAGCAGAGCGGCAGCAGCAGCAGCACAGCAGCAGCAGCAGCGCAGAAGCAACAGCAGGGCAGCAGCAGCAGCACAGCAGCAGCAGCAGCCCUGGGAGCUGCUCCUGCAACCUGCUGCGCCUUCAAUUUCUGCUGCUGUUUCUUCGCAAGAUGCAGCAGAACACCACCACCACAGCAGCAACAACCGCAGCAGCAGUAGCAGCAGCAGCAGCAGCAAGAGCAGCAGCAGCAGUAGACUUUGCUGCUUGACUCCCCCUUGGAAGGCUGUACACCCCCAGACAAUGCAACCCCACCCCACACCCUCUGCGGACCCCAGUGAGACUGGCCUUUGCUGCAGCAGUAGCAGCAGCAACAACAACAAGAGCAGCAGCAGCAGCAGCAGCAGAACCUGGUGCGCCUGCGUCUGCGGUUCGUGCUGCUGGAGCGGGGGCCCCCCCUCUUGCGUCUCCUUCCUUCGGCUUCGCCUCAGCAGCUGCAGUGCAGCAGCAAAGGUCCGCCGCCUCCAGCUGCUGCUGCGGGCGCUGCUGCUGCGGCAGCAGCAGCUGCAGCAACAACAGCAGCAGCAGCCGCAGCAAAAACAGCAGCAGAAGCAAGAGCUAGACGCUCUUGGUGCGACGGCCCAAGCAGUGUGUGAGCUACUAGCUGAGACGAGUGGAGACAGCGGUGUUGCUGCAGCUGUAGAGCGGCUGCGGGCAAUCGCCCCCACGGCAGCGCAGCAGCAGCAACAGCAACAACAACAGCAGCAGCAGCAACAGCAGCAGCAGCAGCAGCAUGGGUGUGAUACAGGUUCAGCUGAUGGAGAUGGAGGUGAAGGGGGCAAUAGGGAUACCCUCAGGCGUACUACUCCUGGGGGCCUAGACAGCAGCAGCAGCAGCAGCAGCAGCAGCAGCAGCAGCAGCAGUGACAAUAAGGAUCGGGAGGCUAUACUUUCCUCUCUUCUAGACUCCCCUCUGACCCUUAGCAGCCAGAUAGAGCAACAGCAGCAGCAGCAGCAGCUGCUGUUGCUGCUGCAACGCGCCCAGCAACGCCAGCCUCUCCAUCAACAGCGUGCGAUGGCCGCAGCAACUUCCCAACGGGCGACAGCGCUGCUGCGCGCUGCAGCAGCAGCAGCAGAUCUUGGAGACUACGAGGUCACCUUGCGGCUCAUGGAGGCGCUGGGGCAGAUGCCGCCGCGUUUCCGCCUACAGCCAGAAAGCCUCCACCUCCACUGUAUGUCUCUGCUGCUCGCGGGCCCCCAGCCUACCGCCCCAGAUAACACAAGGCCAGCAGCAGUAGCAGCAGCAGCAGCAGCAGCAGCAGCAGCAGCAGCAGCAACGGGGCAGGAGGGGACUCCGCUGAGUGAGGGCUCGCUGCUGGAGGAGCUGCGACGUUGGAGCAGCCCUGCUGCUGUUUCUGCUGCAGCAGCAGCAGCAGCAGGAACAAGGAAAGGAGGAAGCGCAGCAGCAACUCUGCAGGACUUCGAGUCGACGGCCCUGAGAGGCGUGCUGGCGCUGCGGGCGUUGAAUUUCUCUGAAGCUGCUCGCUGCUGUCUUGCGGCUCUGCAAGAGGCAGCAGCAGCUGCGCAUACGAAGCAGCAAGAGCAGCAGCAGCAACAGCAGCAGCACGACCAGCAGCAGCUCCAGAUGCACAUGCAUUCUUCGUGGACCUUCGGCACCUGCAGCAGCAGCAGCGGCAGCAGCAGCAGCAGCAGCAGCUCUCUUCUAUCUACCUCGGAUUUGGUUUUGUAUGGGGCAAUCUCGCUGCUGGCAUCCACAGAGGCGUCGCUGCAGGCACAAGGAUUGAAUAUUUGUGCUGCUGCUGCGUUUCCGGUGUCUCUGCAGCUGCAGCUGCUUCCUUCAUUGCGGAGUUUGCUGCUGCAUGCGCAGCAGCAAACCCCUCUGAAGCAGCUGCUGCUGGCAGUUGAGCGCUGCAGCAUUUUGCUGCAGAGUCAAGCCUUGCUGCGGACGGAGGUGCUGCGGAGAAAGGAAGUCCCUCGCGACGUGCUGCUGCUAAACGCCCUUAAGACUGUUGUGAGGCAUCAGCAGCAGCAGCAGCAGCAACAGCAGCAGUACUCGCCCUAA